AUGGACCGUACAAAGCGUGCCAAAGAGAUCGCUGAUGAGGCCGACACCUUAACGGAUUUCCUCCAUGAAUCCGAUUUUCGCUAUUACAUGAAAUCUUUCAGAUCUAAGUUACAUGCCUCCAGUACUUUUCCGGUUGUCAUCCCCCCUCGCGUCCGUGGACCGGCUGACCAGACGCCUCACUCCUCACCGCUCAGUGGUCGCUGGCCAGUGAGAAUCGGCGAUCUCGUAUUAGCGGUGUGCAAACAAAAACCACCUGUAGUCCACACUGAAUCGCCAAGGUCGCAGGCCCCCGAGCUCGCUCCGCGUUCCGUUUACCUAUAUCUCGCGGCAAGUGCACCUCCCCUCCCCCCCGCGCGUCAUUGA